GAGGGCGGGGCACCCCGUAAUCAGUAGGUAGUGAUCGCUCACCUUAAAUUUACCUACUUUGGGUUAUAGUCACUGAGAGGAGAGCUUCAAGGGUUGGGAGCCUAGCCUGCUGUGCUAGGGACCAACUACAAAUCCUAGUGACCUAACCUUUCUCCCCAAAAAGGACGCGAAAGGCUAAGCUCGGAAUCUGGUGGUAGAACCUCCAGGUGUAAAGGGCGUGGGGCUGUAAUGUCUUAAAGGGUUUUGUGAAGAGUGGAGCCCUUUGGAAGGGUUUCCUGGAGAAGGUGACUUCCACACUAGUCUGAGACAGCCCGCCCCAGGGCCAAGCUGCAGAGGCACAGUAUUUCAGAUUUGGGAUCAUGGAACUUUAUAAACUCGUGACAAAGGAAGUACUAAAACAAGAACAUUUACCCAAGGUUCUUCAGAGAAAUGACCCCCAGCGGGUCACUGAUAGAACGUUUUUCAUGGAUGGUUCCAAUCAGAGUUUGAAAACCAUCCCGCCAGACAUUUUGGCAUUAAAGGAAUUAGAAGAACUGCAUCUGGAGAACAAUCAGAUUGAAGAGAUUCCCCAGGGCAUCCAGCAUUUAAAGAAUGUCAGGGUCCUCUACCUGCACAAGAACAACCUGCAGAGUCUGUGCCCGCAGCUGGAGCUCAGCAGCCUGGAGUCUCUGGACCUGAGCUGCAACCCGCUGUUCUAUUGCUCGCUGCCGGUACUCAGCUGCCUCCGCACCCUCCGGGAGCUGCGGCUCUACCGCACCGGCCUGAGAGAGGUUCCCACCGUGAUCUGCAAAUCCCUGCACCACCUGGAGCUCUUUGGACUGUCAGAGAACCACUUGGACUCACUGCCCAAGGAAAUCGUGAACCAGACCAAGCUCAGGGAGAUCUACUUGAAGAAUCAGUUUUCGGUUUUCCCUUCCGACCUCUGUGUACUCUUGAACCUGGAAGUGAUCGAUCUAGACCACAACAAACUGAAGGCCAUCCCGGAGGAAAUCGGGCAGCUGAGGAGGCUGCAGAAGUUGUACGUGGCGUUUAACAACCUGCCCCUUCUACCCGAGUCUCUGAGCCAGUGCAGCAAGCUGUCGGUGCUGGAUUUGACCCAAAACCUCCUCCGCUCCCUCCCGGCCACCAUGGAGCAGCUCUCGGAGCUCACCGAGGUCGGGCUGAGCGACAACCGCCUGGAUAAGGUGCCGCGCCUCCUGUGCCGCUGGGUGUCGCUGCAGCUGCUGUACCUGCGCAACACCGGCCUGCGCGCGCUGCGGCGCUCCUUCAAACGCCUGGUCAACCUGCGCUUCCUGGAUCUCAGUCAGAACCACAUAGACCACUUUCCCUUGCAGAUCUGCACGCUCAAGAACCUGGAGAUGCUGGCGCUGGACGAUAACAAGUGGGACAG